AUGGUGUACAAACGCAUAGAAACGAAAAGUGUCAUUCGUUUGGUGUCAAAAUUGUCAGUAUGGGUCGAGUUUUGGCAAUUGCGGCGGCGUGCUCUCUGCAUAUCAGUGGAACAUAUCUAUUUAGGACGCCGUCAAAUUUAGACUGUAUUCCUUAUGAAACCUAUUUGAUGUUUCUCGUGGCCGUGUUUUAUUUACUUUGGAACGUACCUUUAAACCCAUAUCCGUCGUGCUUUCGCAGCCUUAGAAAACCUGCAGGUGAAAUUAUAGAGUUUUUAGUUGCCGUUCUAAUGGUUGAGCUUCUUGUGUCAGACUUCUGGUGUCCUCUUCAGUUGAAAUUUAUGACAUUUAUACGUACUAUACCGGAUAAUAUAUACGAAGCCGCAAAUGUAGUUGGUGUAGACGCCACCUGUAUAACAGACCACUUGGAGAUACUAAAAUCGGAUGGAGUUUUGACUGUGAGCAGUGAUGCACUCAGUUUAUUUUUUUUAGUAUGUGCGUUGCAUUCAUGCAAAGUGGUGGACCUAAGGCUGCUCAAAUGCGGUGUACCUAUCUUUACGAAAGAUAUUUCAAAAAGAGCAGUGAAAUUUGCCAAACGAUUUACAGCUAAAAAAGGCUCGCGUCGAAGAAGGUACUCGACUGACAGCGAACUCGACUGGUCUACCGAUUCAGAAGGCAACUAAUUCUAAUUUUGAAGCGGUUUAAUAUCUUUGUAUCUAUUGAAAUGUUCUGAUGAUUAAAUUACGCCCCUACAUUAGAUGUA